AUGGUAUCUGGAUUAAUGCAAGGCACUGGUUCAGUGAGUUUAUGGGGUUUCUCCAAAGCACUCGACUUCCAAGACUCGAAUGGUAUCUUUACAGAAAAAAAUACUACUUUGCUAGAUAUUAAGAGUGCAAUAGCUGAUGAAACGGAACCAUUGGACGUUUUAUUAAUUGGUGCAAGUGACCCUCGCCAUAUUAUCAAAACUGCCGGUCGAGCUUGGAAGCAUUCAUCUCGCCAGAUUCACUUUCAUGUCAUUGAACCGCAAUCAUCUUUGCUAGCAAGGCACAUGCUUUUACUUUCUAUUUUAUUCGACCCACUAGAUGAUAUCGGUAUACAAGUGUCAAAAGCAAUUGUUUUGGGCUUAGUUAACCUUUUGGUAGAGCGUGCUGAAUUGUUUCUCGAGUGCUAUGGUAAUCUGCUCAUCAGGAAAAAAACUGCAACAUGGAUAAACGCUUAUACAUUGCCAUUGAUCAGAGCAAUGACUGAUGGUGCAGGCGUGCUAGGAAAGCUGAUUGAUUUUUCAGGACUAAAGUUCAGGGAAAGAGACGAUAUUGAGUUUGUUUUUAAAUUCUGGCGCGAUCAAGCAAAGCAGUUUGAUGCAAAAUCUCUGUGGGAUAUUCGAUUACGUCGCUACUAUGCCGCACGAUAUGAUUGCAGGGAAAACGCUAUUGACUGGGACUACCACAUGAAUAUUCGUCAAAUGGACAAGACUGUUUCAAUUAUUUUCAAGCCCGAGUUCUUACGUUGGAGACUACACGGAACUGCAUUUGAGGUGCGCGAGUCCACUUAUGAAUGUGCUAACCGUUCCAUGGCUACUGUAGAUGUUUUGAAACAGGAUGGUGUGAAUGUGGCAAAGUGGGGAUAUUUCAGUGACAUUCUUUUUGGACCCUAUUUGGCUUUUGGAAUUGAUACCGAAAACAAAGAAAUGCUGGUUACAAAUAAUGAUAGCCAUAAGCAUACUUCCCAAGAAAUCUCAGAGUAUAAUGUACGAUCUCUUAUUCACGAACUUAAAACAGGAACUUUGUAUGAAGAAGCAGAGACAAAGAAAAUCACAUGUGCAGACACGAAAAUCUUGCCAGAUUACAACAUCUUGGACAAGAUCAAGGUGUCAUUUCUACCAUGCGACGUUUCCAUAACUCUGGAAAAGAAACGCUCAAAGCUGGCUGGAAAAUUUAAAACAAUCUUUAUAUCAAAUGCCAUGGCACACCGAUUGGCAGACGCAGCUCACGUGCUUCACCCACAAGGAGAGAUUAUUGUAGAAACUGCAAAAUUCAUGGUCGAACUAAGCAAAGAGCUUCGACAAUCAUUUGAAAAAAAGCUCGAUACAAUAGCAAGCAGUGCUGGUUUAGUUCGAAAACAAUUCGCCGAUUGUGAUGCAAACGUCGAGUUUAUGGUGUUUAAAAAAGAAUAA